UAUGUGUUCACUGCACCAAUCAGCUGUGAGGUUAUAUGGGACGCUCUGCCCAAACAGCACAAGCAGACAGCAGUUUGGAACACUUAAACCGCUGGCCGUGGAUAAUUUUGCAUUUGUUUUUAUUCGCGUUUUUGUUUUGUUCUGAGAGUAAGAAGCGUCGCGAAGGGUAACUAUAGACUCGGCUGAGAUCAUGUGACAGUUAACGCCAGCGGCUGUGUAAGCUUCUGUUAGCAAGGUGUCAAAUGUUAGCCGCGUUAGCCAAAGGAACCCGCCGGCAACUAGCCGUUGAAAGUUGUGUUAAAGACUCUUUGUGUUCGUAACUUAAUACCGCUGAGCCGCUGGACAUUUAGGAUAUAUCGUAUCACUUAACAAAGGCAGCAUACUGAUGUGUUUAACCUGAUAUCCGGCGCCAGUUGGGUUGUUGAAAUCGAAGCUAACACGGGAGACUUGCAUUAGCUUAGCUGUUACAUUAAAGACAACAGCCACCAAACUGGACAAAACUUUGGAUUUGGUCGGGUUUAAAUCGGGCUCGGCGGGUUCGCUGACCCCACAAAAGAAGAUGAAGAAGAGGAAAGAGCUCAACGCCCUCAUCGGACUUGGUGACAGCAAGAGAAAGAAGACAAAAAAGGGAACCGGACACCGCCUCCUCCGAACCGAACCGCCGGGCUCAGAGUCCGAGUCGAGCUCGGAUGAGGAUGAGUUCAACAGUCUGAACGGCGGAUCCAACUUUGGCAAAAGAAAUUACACACGGUGCUGUAACGUGUGCUACCCCUUGUUCCUCUUCAUCGUACUGGCUGCCUGUGUCAUGGCCUGUGCAGGACUUGUAUGGAUGCAGACUGCACUAAAAGAAGAUCUCGAUUCACUGAAAGAAAAGCUUCGUAGCAUGGAGUCCAGCCAGAAGGUAUCGUCCAGCGAAAUCCCGAAACUAAGUGAAGAUCUAAAAAACAGAGACAGGAAGCUUGAUGACAUUGAAAAUGGAGAGAGAGGAUUAAAUAAACUCUGGUCAAAUCUAACAGAAAUUAACAAAAAGAUUAGUUUGCUAGACUCGGCUGUCAACCAGUUGAAAACCAACUUGAAAUCGGCUGCUGAUCUGAUCAGCCUUCCCACAACGGUUGAAGAGCUUCAAAAGAGCGUUGCAACCAUUGGAAGCACACUAACAAGUGUCCAGCAUGAUGUGAACACAAUGCAGUCUGCGCUUGAAAACAAGGAGAAAGAAGAUGGUUCAGAACAGACCAUGGAGGUAACAGACCUGAAUAAAGCUGUGAGUGAAGUGAACAAGACAGAGGAGCAGCACCACUCCUGGACUGCGGAGCAGAUCCAGGUCCUCCUGUCUACGGUCGCAGAUCUUCGAAAGAGAGUUGAGACUUUGGAGAAUGGUCCUAAACUAGCCGACAAUGAAACUGCAGCACAGGAAAGAGACAAGGGUAAAAAUGUAGCAGCGCAGACGGGUAAAGAUGCCAGUAUGACCAAUGGGACUGCUGGAGAUGAGCAGGAGGAUGCGCCGCAGUUGCAGUUGAGGAGACGUCCACGCUUUUUAUCCACAAAUCGCUCCAAGAGACACAUUAAGAAAAGUUGCCCAAAGAGUGUCUCCCUGCCUGGUGUUCAUUUUCUAAAAGACCUGGAGGAGCUCUUCAGGCAGACCGGCAUUGGACACAGUUCACCUGGAAUCACUUACUCAGUCCUGAGAAACGUACUAGGGACCUCAUCUCCUGGGGCUCAUACCUUGGACUGCUUUGACAGUGAUGGGAACCAAAGGUACUCUCUGACGGAGCUGAGAGCUGCCGCAGGAUUGUGAACAUGUCAUCGACAGCAAUGAACAGUAUUGAAACCCAGUUGGGUCAGGGAGGUUCAGGGGUCCCGACUCUCCUCUUUACUUGCUGCACUUUUGUGAACUAAGUAUUUUAUCCAACUUGUUAUGGAGAAGUGGACUAAAAAUCCCGUCACUCACAUUCACUCCCCUCUCCUCCCUGUCAUAAUGUCUGCCACGAAACGUUACCCUACAUUUAAACGCUAUAAACUAUUCAACACUCUAUUCAGUUUUAACCACUUAAAAUUAGUUUCUUGAUUUCACACAAUUCUGAAAGUUUUUUAAUGAAAAUGUCUCAAAAUAUAUGUUUCUUAUUUGGAGGCUUUUAUGCAGAGGUACCAAACUUUUCACCCACAGGCCACAUCUGACCCACUUUUCCACUCUGUUUGUAUUACUAUUAUAAACUAAGAGUGCUCAAUUUUAGAAAGUGAAUCAUGUACAUAAAAAAAAAGAAACAAAGUUUUAAAAUUUUGCAAAAAAAGAAAAUGAAGAUUGGCCUACUAGUUUACAUGUACAUAAGAGAUUUUAUUCAUGCAGUUGCAGUAAAUCUUUAAAUAUGGGUAUAAAUCAUGGAUAUAAAAACUGAAUUCACCCAUGACAGUCAGUAAAACCCAGGAAAAGGGCUGCAUGUGCUCCACAAAAUCCAAUAGGGGUGUGUAUUGGCAAGAAUCUGUAUCGAUAUU